UGAACCUCGUACAGGAGUGUGGAGGAAGUUUUCCCUCGUCCGCUUUUUCUUUUUCGAAGAAUGGUUUAUAUAACUCUUCUUCGACGAUGCUGACGGUGGUCGAAGGUGACGAUGAUCCAUACUGGUUUAGUUUUAGCGCUGCUGAGUUUGAGUUUUCUUCUGCCUGAUGUUGCUGGAGAUGAACACUCUCUGUGUUAUCUCUACACUAUCCAGUCUAAAAGCUCUACAGACAGAAUCUAUGAGUUCAGUGCAGUGACUCUCCUGGAUGACAGACAGAUUGACUUUUACAACAGUACGAAAGAAACCAGGACUGCUAAACAGGACUGGAUGAAGGACAUAAAUGAGAGAGAGUGGAAAGAUGGCACUGAAAAGCUGAAGUCUGAUGGACAACAGCUAAACAAGGUCCUCGACAACCAAAUGAAGGCCUUCAAACACAAUGAGACAGAUGGUCAUUCUCUGCAGUGGAGAAUCGGCUGUGAGGGUGAAAAACAUUCAGACGGCUCAGUUUCAGGUUUAAACUGCAUUAAUGAAUACGGCUACGAUGGAGAGAGUUUAGUCUCUUAUAACUGGACCUUAAAGAAAUGGUCAGCCUCAGUCGGUCAGGAUGGAGUAACAGAGAAGUGGAACACUGGACGUGGUCAGAACCCUGUUCAGAGAUGUCAAGAGUGUGUGGAGUGGCUGAAGAUUUAUUUAGAGUACAACACCACUGAAACCAAACAGACUCAAGUGAAUGUUUAUGUGUUUAUGAAGAAAUCUGUAACUGACCUGAAGAAGCUGACCCUGACCUGCCUGGCCACAGGCUUCUACCCCAAAGACGUGGAGAUUAUACUGAGGAAGUCCAGAACUUCGCUGCCUGAAUAUCUACUAGCAUCUUCAGGAGUCAGACCUAAUGAUGAUGGAACCUACCAGCUGAGGAAGAGUGUGGAGAUCCAGGAGGAGGAAGCAGCAGAUUAUGACUGUUAUGUGAAUCACAGCUCCAUCACAGAACCAGUAAUUAAACAGUGGGAUGGAAAAUGCAGUGACUGCCAGGAUGGUGUGAUUGUAAGAGUGAUUGUAGGAGUGACUGUAGGAGUGGUGGCUCUGCUGGCUGUGAUCAUAUAUUUUUGUAUAAAGAAGAGUAAAAGUAGAGGAGGUGCAGGAGACGUACAAGCCGAGCCUGUGAAUCCUCAGCCGGAUGGUGGGACCAGCAAUGAUGAGUCAGAUAAUGGGAGUGAAGAGAAAAAGCCAAUGCUGCCAGGAAACUCCACUGAUGAUCAACCAAAAAUAACAAAUGGUCAGUCUUGUCAAGUGGAGGAGGAGACAUGCUGCUGACUUCAGGAGUUUAAGCUCCUGCAGAUGAUGGUGACGGUGGGGAUUUGUCUGGCCUCUCCAUCUUCUAACAUGUACAUCGUAACAGGUGGAUGGAUGUACAGUGAAUUCAAAGGCACUGAUUGUAUUCAAAGAAGAUAUGGACCUUAUUCUGGCCUCUCUCGACCUACUAUACACUGAAAUACCAAGAUCAAGUUUACGCAGAGGAGCAAACUCUCCAAAGGGCUUGUUACUAUUUACUAUUUAGCAUGUGCAGCAGUGAAGCUAGUGAUUAAGGGACCCUUAUUAAUCCCACAGCGGGGAAAUGUCACUCAUUUGGAUGUACAGUGGAUUCAUGGCACUGAAUGUCUGAAAAGAAGAUGCGGACCUUAUUCUGACCUCUCUUGGCCCACUGGACGCUGAAAUGCCAGUGUAAGGACUACACAGCAGUGCGUACUUUACAAAAGGCCUCAGUUAUGUUUUUUUUUUAAGACCAAUCAAAACCUUUCAGAAUGUGUGGCAUUGAGGCUCCUGAUGGGGUGCCAAGAAAAACACAGUUGCUGAAUGUGACCUCAGAGACAUUGGAGGUCACUUUUCUUGAGACAGUUAGAGAACUUGGUGGAUCUGCCUGCGUCCAUUGUGCAGAUAUGGGGACUAAACUCAGCAUCAGGAUAUUGUUGUUCCCUCAGGAACAUUCCGUAGUGAUGAUCCACAACUUGGAGAUAUAAGGUUCGUCUGUCUCUACAGCACACUGACAAAUUAAAAAAGGGUUCGUAAAAUAAGAUGGCAAAGUGUUUAAAAGAGUGAUGCCACAGAAGAAUCUAAGGAACCCUUCAGUUCAUGGUUAUUUGAAGCAGUAGUUCUCAAAGCAGCCCAGAUGAUCCACAUUUUUGCUCCAGCCCAACCCGCUGCAAACUCGGUCCCUGAGGACCAGUUUGAGAACCACUGCUUUAAGGAACCAUUUCUCUAAAUGAGAUGUUCAAGUCCAAAGAACCUUUUUAACCCAUUUUCACAGCAGCUAUAAAAUGUAAAAUAUAACUUCAUUAAACUGUAAACACAAAUCUCAUCCAGUGGAAGUGGUUCUUUGAUGGCAAUGCUCUAGAGCAGGGGUUCUUAACCCGCGGGUUGCAGUGUGGUGAGAGUGGUGCUACACAACAUAUGCUGUAUCAAACACAGAGAAAAAUUAAUGUUGACUCCUGAGUGGCUCCAAGGGUCUUUAUUGCCUGCUGACCUUUAAGUAUUUGUGGUUACCAAAUACUAUACCAGACUAAAGAUCUGAGGUUUGUGGUAAAAUGCUUACUAAGGAAUGCAGGUCCAGUACGUGAGUAGACUUGGUAUCUAAUUAUUCUUCUCUAAUUUCUUGGUGUGUGGGAUUUUGGGGGCAGGGGGCUGGAGAGCUGGGUGGGCAGAUUGGCAAUGCAGGAGUUCGGAAAUAGUUUCAACCCCAAAAGAGGGCCACAGUGUGAAGAAGGUUAAGAACCCCUGCUCUAGAGAACCCUUUUAGCAUAUUUACUUUUAAGAACAGAGAACACAGAACUUUCCUGAGACAAGAAUGUGUGGCUAUCUGACGCUUCCACUGAUGGGGUCUUAAAACUGGAUUAAAAAUGAAUCUAUCGCUCUGAGCUGAUUGGUGUUUGAAACUGGGAUUUCCUGUGUGACCUGAUGUCACGCAGUCCAACGCUUUCAGGAAUGUUUAUAUCAUCAGUGCAA